AUGUCGUCGAGACCAUCAAGGGCCCUCGCGCCCCUCCUACGAACUCUCCGCCAACCAGUCCCAUACCAAGUCUCCCCUCUACACAACGCUUCAGCCCACCGACUCCGGAGCGCAAAUGUCCCCCUCCCACGCCUGACCAUCAUCCGCGCAGCGCACUCCAUCCCUAAACCCCCCCCAGUCCGACCACGCGAACCAACCCGCGAUCCAGACGCCGAGGCACCCAGGUCCGAGGGCCCGCGCCCUGACAUCAAGAACGCCUACUACCAGCUCUCCUUCACCUGCGUGCCCUGCGGCCACCGCUCCCACCACAACGUCUCCAAGCAGGGGUACCACACGGGGUCAACCCUCAUCACCUGCCCAGAGUGCCGGAACCGCCACGUCAUCAGCGACCACCUGGGCAUCUUCGGCGACAGGAAGAUCACCAUCGAGGACCUGAUGCGCGAGAAGGGCCAGCUGGUCAAGCGCGGGAGCCUGGGCGAGGAUGGCGACAUCGAGUUCUGGCCGGAGGAUGCGUCGCAGGAUGGACAGGAUGGUGGCCCUUCCGGCCAGUCUGGAUCCAGGCUCUCAUGA